AGUCCUCCGACGCCAUUUUGCCGUCAAUGGGGAGGGGGCGGGGCAAUUUAAAUGCAGUCGUGACGUAUUUUGUAAACAGGAAGAAGACGGUUAUUCUACGUAGGAAUAGCUGUUGACUUGCAAAUCCUCGUUAACUGACCUGAGAGUCAUGGGGAAAAGUUGUAAGGUGGUUGUGUGCGGCCAGGCGGCCGUCGGUAAAACGGCCGUGUUGGAACAACUACUGUAUGCGAAUCAUGUUGCAGGUUCAGAGCCCAUGGAAACCCUGGAGGAUAUCUACAUCGGCUCCAUAGAAACGGACCGUGGUACACGGGAGCAGGUUCGCUUCUAUGACACCCGAGGACUCCGGGACGGGAUGGAGUUCCCUCGACACUACUACACUUUUGCAGAUGGCUUUGUUCUCGUCUACAGCAUUGACAGUAAAGAGUCAUUUAAGCGAAUGGAAGCCCUCAAGAAGGACAUUGACCGCCAUAGAGACAAGAAAGAGGUCACCAUUGUUGUGCUGGGGAACAAGAUGGACAAGCAGGAUGAGAAGAGAGUGGACUCCAACAUGGCACAGAAUUGGGCAAAGAACGAGAAGGUGCGUCUGUGGGAGGUGUCGGUGGUGGACCGGCACUCUCUGAUCGAACCCUUUGUCUACCUGGCCAGCAAAAUGACCCAACCACAGAGCAAGUCUACUUUCCCUCUCAGUCGCAAUAAGAAUAAGGGCGGUGGUUCUACAGACAGCUGAAGGAUCAAACACUGUUGUAUUGUUCAAGAGGGAGGUAGGGACAACAUGUGUAUUAAAGGGAACUAUUCUGAUAUUAUUAAGGAUGGGGGUAGUGAGAGUUGGUGAGGAGAAUACGGCAAAGCGAUGAUGAGAAAAGGCAGAAGAUUGGGUGGAUAUUUAUAUUCAGCGACUUCUUGUGUUGGUAUAGCUUUCAUAUUUUAUUUUUUGGUGAAAUACAUGCUACUUUAAUUCUAGAGGAUACUAUACUUUCAGAUCCAAGUAGUUAAAAGAGUAAUGAUUUGUCAAUCCUAUUUAGUUUUGAUUAUGGUCAAAAUAUUCUUUCACAUUCUUUAAAAUGGCAGCUGUUGACAUGACAGCAUUCAUAUUCCAAGCUACACAAUGUAGUUCUCAAACAUUCACCCUCAGUUUAUGCAUGAGACACACAGUACUCACUGUUUGGAUGAAUCAGGACCAUGUACACAUAUACACUGGCUGUUAUUUCAUUUACAUGUACACGGCAUGUAUACACAGAUUAAAUCAGAAUUGGCAGCAAUUACUCAUAUUAAGUUAUUAUUGCAUAAAACAAAUGCUGAAUAUAAAUUUAUACAUUAUUGAUGAUGUGCAGUAACUGUUGUGGCAACCCGGGGGGAGGGAGGUCAGAUUCAGGUAUAAAACAAGAGGUUCAGAGGCAGUAAUUGCGAAACAAAAAGGGCCCUUUCAAUAAGAAGGUCAAAACAACGGCUCUUUAGGCCGACUUCCAACAGAAAUAGUUUGUGUCCCCCAGUCUUCUCCACCGGGUCACCGGCUCCUUCGUCCUGUUAGGGGCAGAGCAGAGGAGAGAGGUGAGUUAUGGUUGUUACCUCUUCUCAGCUGCCGGGGCUCCUCGGUCUCCAUUCCUUAUCCUAUAUCCCCCUUAUUACCUCCCCAAAUCGUAGCUUGGAGCUCCGCCUCCGGUGCUUGGUUCCUCCCCCUGGUUUGCCACGCUGUGACAGUAUAUAUGUUCCGCUAUAGUGCUCCACUAUAUUUGUGCUUUAAUGAGAUUCACUGAUGAAUGUCGCCUAGUGAAUGAUUGACAUUCCUUACCACAUAUUGCCUUCUGUACAGGAUUUAGAAAAAUAACAAGCAAGAGAAAAAUGUUCAGAUAAAAGGCUGUUUCUGCAGGGUCGGUGCUACUUUUUUCUGGUUGUGACACAUAUAAGAGGUAUUGUAAAAUGCUGCAGCAUUAUCACCGUGACUCUUCAUGUAACCUGUUACAGUGCUGAAGUUGAAGCUGGUAUAUUUUUAACUAAGCUGUAAAAACUCCAAAGUAUUCAUUAGUCGAUUGAAAAGGGGGGGGGGGGCAUUUAUGAAGUCUAUUGAUUUGUUUGUGCCUCCGGCUAUCAACACUGUGUAUCAUACAGGCUACUUUUGUGAAAAUCCAGGUUUUUAUGUAUUAAUAGCGAGAAAAUGUGUUCAUUUGUUUGCACGUUUUGUAAACAAAUUAAAUAUUUUUUGUGUGCUUAAA